AUUAGGAAAGCUAGACACCGCCUGUUUAUGCCCUUUUGAGAUCAUCGCGCAAACGCGUAUAUGGAUCUCAGGAUAUCAUCAAGCAAUCUGCGCGUUUGAGGUCAUCUUCUGUCCCGGUCGCGGUGGGACAGCAUGGAGACUCUGCGCAAGUCCCUGGAUUCGCGCUUACUUUGGGCGCUUUGGAUCACGGCAAGUGUCGUUCCCACAGCCCUCACAUUACAAGGAGAACGUCCCUUUCCGGUGCACUUAUUACUCAUACAUCUGGCUGCCGCCUCAACGAUCCAAAUCAUUAUAUACGCGACGACCAAUCCGAGUAACCAACACAUCUACCAAUCUUUAUCGCCCUCGAAGCAAUGGCAAUCCAUCAAUCUUUCAUCCCUGGCUCUCAGCCUUCUCAUGGUCCCGAUCCUGGUCUUCGCAUAUACGGCAAUCACUUUCUGCAAUGACGUGCCAAAUAUGAUCCUCCUUUUGACCUUGGACUGGCGACCAGUGGAUCUCUUCGACAAGAUUAUAGGUCGAAAAUUGAGGCUGAGCGACUUCGCCCGGUAUUUUAUUUUCGCCACGGGCCUGUACCUUAUUUCCGUCUGCAACUUUCGAUUGAGAUUCGUACCAUGGCUAGAGGCCAUGAUGUUCCUCCUGUUCAGUGGCAUAGCUCAGCUUGUUUCAUAUGGACAAAUCAGCCUGAACAAGCCGUAUGUCGGACCUACCACGAAAAAAUAUCUGACCUUGCCUCAAUAUUGGACGCUGUGUUCUUUUGCGGCCUUGGGGAUUGCCACUUUGAUUUUCCCGGAAAACGUGCACCCAGAUAAAUCUCCCCUCUCCAUGGUGGCGAUCGUCAUCGCCUCAUGCAGCGUUGUGGCCACCUGCUCUCUCUUCGUUAUGGGUCCUACCUUUCAGGAGCUGGAACAAGAUACGCAGCAAUCAUCCCUCGACGAAGGCCAUAGCACGCGGAUCGAAGACAUCGACGAAGACCAUAGCACGCGGUUCGAAGGGACUUGGCUCCGUUUCGCCAUCGCGGGUCUCGUCAUCCUGUCGGACUCCCUACUGUCUCCGACCCCACUCAACAUUUCAAUCUGGCAAUACAUUGGUUAUGCCUUGGCCUCGUUGGCAUUCCUGAAAGGUGGCCUUCAUGGGCUGACCAAACCCACUCACGAAUCCUCCCACGGCCAAGGACUGAUGGGGAGAGGUACAUUGGUAUUGCUGAUCUUAGCCGGAGGAGCUUGGUCAUACGCCUUGCUCAAGCCCUUAACCUUCACACCUGUGCCAUUAGAAUAUACGAAUCUUCCUUUGAACCCACCGCCAUCUCCAGCAUCCGACCUGGACAUCGUCAUAUCCAGAUACGCUGAGCCAGUCGCCACCGUCGCUGAAACCAUCAAGCUUUUUCUCGCACUAGAACCUAUCCGGCCCUUGAAUUCCCGAGUGGUCAUCUACAACAAAAACAACGACACCCUGGAGUUCGAACGUGACCUGGGCGAGCUGCUCAGCCAUGUCAACAUCACGUAUCACACCUUGACUAACGUAGGUCGCGAGGCCGAUGCGUAUUUCCGCCAUAUGGUCACCAAUUGGGACAAUCUCGCCCAACACACGCUCUUCGCGCAGGCAGAAUUAGACGAACCCCGUAAACUCCGAAAGUGGAUCAACACCUUUUUCAUCCCGGAGACCGGUUUCCUCCAGCUGUCCUACGAGGGUCGGAUGUGCGCGAACUGCGCCCACUGCGGGGCCUGGACCGACGACCCCAACGUCAUCCAGAGUCUCUACAGCCUUACCAAUCCCAACAAGCAGUGCCACGACCUCGUCUGGGUGUUCCGAGGCCAAUUCAUCGUCUCGGGCCAACGCAUCCGCGCCAACGGGAAGCACGUGUACGAACAGCUCAUACAAAACCUCACGGAUCCGAACAACGCCAUGCAUGCGCCGGCGUAUGUGGGCGGUUAUUGGCAUAGUGCUCAAAAGAAUUCGCUGAAUGACCCCGUCUUUGGAUUCACCAUUGAGCGCUUCUGGGGCAUCUUGAUGCAGUGCUCGGAGCUUCGGGUUGGGCAACAGAGCCCCAGUCCGCUCGCGCUGAGCAUGCGGCCGCAGUGGUUGGCGGGCGGGUUCUCCCAUGAUGUUGCGCAAUGUUUGGACCGGGCCAUUGGCGAAUCGUGAAGGUUUGUCAUCAGAGGAGUGGUGGAUCUUCGAGUACCGCGUCUCUCAAAAAUUUAGAUUAUAGAUUUAAUAAGAACUUCGAUUCAAUACAUCUCUUUCGCUCCAUUC